AUGAGGCUUGGUGGAAUGCAUCUUACUAUGUCCUUUAUAGCCAACAUUGGUAAACUGUUUAGUGAUGGAUGUCUCCACCACAUUUUGACUGCGUCCGAUGUCUGUGCAGAUGGCACUGCUUCAGCGAUGUUGCAAGGAAAGCAAUAUGACAAAAGAACCGAUCGUGAGACAAACUUUGAACUACAUCUAGAAGCAAUUAAGGAUGUGGUUCCAUAUUCCUUUCUAACCUCUCUAAUAAAUUAUGCUCGCUAUACACCAGAUUACCUUGCAGAGAUGUUGAAUUUAGAAAAGGUAGCUCCUGAAAUGUUCAAGUACUUGAUGAAUGGUGGCUUUAUUUUCACCAUUGAUCAAGAGACGGGAAUCAUCCGAGUUGGCCGGAUUUUAACCUCAGGCCAGCAAUGGGCAUAUAAUUUCCAAGUGGGGGCUAUAGAUUUCGCCGGCCAUGUCACGAUAGCACCAGUGACCGUUAAUGUAAUAGCUACGUAUCCGGCUUAUGCCCGCCUUGUAUGGGAACCUGAAGAUGAGAAUAACCACAAGCCCAUCUUCCUGGAAUGUGCCGCUUACGACGGAAUUCGCGUCAAGGAGAACACGACGGAAGGAACUCCUGUGCUCAUGGUGUUAGCGACUGACGAGGACCGAGGGAAUAACGGAAUGGUAUCUUACAUCCUCCUGAAUGAUUUCGGAAGGUUCACAAUCCAGUCUUCCAAUCAACAUGGACAGAUAUCUACAACAAAGCUUCUUGACCGUGAAGGGGAGGACAAGGAGUUCUAUCUGACGGUGAUGGCACGUGAUGGAGGUUCUGAACCCCUCCAAGAUUCCUGUUCCUUCAAGGUCGUCGUCGAAGACAUUAACGACAAUCCUCCGAUAUUCGGUCAACAGAUAUACGAGGAGACGAUAAGUACGGACCACAUUGCUGGGACUCCUGUUCUGAGGGUGACAGCCACCGACAUGGACUCUGGUAGUAACUCCGAGAUUGCCUUCUCCUUGCAAGGCAACUCAGAGGACAUGAAAUACUUCGCCAUUGACAGCGACACUGGAAUCAUCACUCUUACCAGCCCUCUGCAAAAGAGUAUGGCAAACAAACGCAUGUUUGACAUGCGUGCUCGAGCUGCUGAUGAAGGGAACCCCGUAUUGUGGUCGACGGCUGACAUCCGCAUCCAGGUAGUCUCGUCGGACGAACUACCGCCUACGAUUAUUAGUCAACAGCCGCUCUUCCCGGCCAUCUUGGAAAACACCACUGAAAACACUGAUGUUCUGACAUUGUGUGCAAGGUCUAAUCUGGCAGACAGCUCGCUUGUUUACUUCACCCUGCUAAACGGCAAUACACCUGACACAAAUUCAGAUGGAACUUUCGCCAUUAGACGGCAGGACCAUUCGGAAAUGUGUCACGAAAGCACAGGUGUGACUGUGUUUGUCGCCACUAGGAAUCUGGAUUUUGAAACUGUACAGGAAUACGCUCUGACGCUCCAGAUAGUUAAUGAUCGUAACGCUCGUGUCGAGAAGAAGAUCCUUGUGAGCAUUUUGGAUGUCAACGACAAUGCUCCCUUGCUCCAGCAGUUUGACGGAGCUGUCUUGGAAAAUGUUGACAGCACGCUUAUCACGACCAUCCAGGCUCAUGAUAAAGAUGUCUCACCUCAGUUCAGACAGCUUCGAUAUUCUUUUGACCCAAUGGCUUCAGGGGAUGUGAGGCAGAAAUUUGCUCUCAAGACGAACGGAGAAUUGUGGACGACCGAGCCUUUGGACAGAGAAGAAUUCAAGCAGUACAAAAUUCCCAUAAAAGUGACAGAUGGCGUCCCUGCACACGAACGAAUGACGAUCUACUGGAUCACAGUGCAAGACCUGAACGACGUGGCCCCUGUCUUCGAUUACUUGAACGGCAUCUAUGAAGUAGAACUGCCCGAGAAUCGAGAAGUUGGGAAGUCCACUGGAAUCAAGCUAGCCAUUAACGACUCUGAUGUCGUGAACCUUUUCGAAUAUCACAUCGUCCAUGGCAACGGAGAGCAGAAAUUUCGAAUCGAUGAAGCAACGGGUGAUAUCAUUGUCAGCAAAGUAUUAGACUACGACCAUCCUGUCUUGGAUAGAAACUUUACUCUGCGAGUUCGAGUCUACGAUGGGACUAAUCCUCCGGCUGAAACUAACGUGGUUAUCGCCGUCACGAACGUCAACGAUCUCCAGCCCGUGUUUGAACAAAUCAACUACACCUUCACCGUCACUGAAAACACCGACUGCAAUAUCACCUUUGGAAAGGUAUCUGCAUUGGACCCGGAUUUGCCGCACACAGUCAGUCAAAACAUACUUUACUACUUAUCACCAAUCGAGCUACGAAACUUUACUAUCGACAGCAAAACUGGAGAUUUGUCAUUGAAAGGAUGUCUAGAUCGCGAGAGUGCCAAAAGAGGCACAAUGACCUUGUACCCAAGGGCAAACGACGAAGGGGGAAGAGGUCAUGAUGCUGAUCCUGCCACCGUUCACGUCAUCAUACGCGACCUCAAUGAUAAUCACCCACAUAUUCAUCGACCGGAGAACAGCUAUGCAAGAAUUAUGGAGAACAUGGACCCUGAAGAUGUUAAACCCAUAAUCAUAAAACUAGAUGAUGAAGAUGGCGGUGAAAAUGGUUGCCCUUGUACCAUGGAAUUUGACCCAGGAACUCCCACCUCGUGGCUGGAGAAAUUCAGUCUCAUUCAAAUUGAUGGAUUAAGGUCUACCUAUCGUCUGAAUCCCAUAGUGUCGCUGGACCGAGAGGAGCAGAAGGUGUAUUCCUUGCCCUUCGUGACCCAAGAUCAGACUGGACGAAGGGGCAUCCGCCUCUUCAUUCUAGAGGUCGGGGACGAGAACGACUCCCCGAUGUCCGACGGGAAGAGCAAGAUUAAGGUCUACAAUUACCAGGGUCAAUUCCCGUCAAUGGUUAUCGGAGCUGUUUACGUAACAGAUUUGGACGACUACGACCUGGGGGACAAGAUAUUUGAGGUGGAUGCAACUACCUCAUCGGACGUUGCCAAUCACUUCCAGGUGGACCUGAAAAGCGGCAACAUCACAAUGCUUAAGGGAACACCUGCCGGGGUCCAUAUACUCAGGGUGAAGGUGUAUGACAGAUUCCGGGAAGAGUUGGCUGUGGGUCAGGUCAUCAUCACUGUAGUUGACCUCGAUCUCAGUGCCGUCAUGAACUCAGGGUCGCUCACGCUUGCCAAUAUCCAGUCUCAGCAAAUGCUCAGGAAAAACAAGAUUACCAGUACUGAGACAGCUUAUGAACGCCUGAAAGAACAAAUCGGGAGGAUCCAUAAAAUUCCACGGGACAAUGUCGACAUCUUCAGCAUGCGGAAUGUCGAAGAAGGAGUACAAAUACGUUACAACUGCCAUAAUUCACCUUAUUACACUGCCGCGAAGUUAGAUGGACUCAUGAUGAAAAAUCGAUUGCAGGUUUCAAAAGUUCUUGGUCUAGAUGUCGCCAUGGUGGAUAUAAAUGCCUGUCUGUAUGAAUCCAAGUCUCCUUGUGGAGGGAAAAGCUGCCAACACACUAUGCGACCAAACCUCACAUCUCCAUUGGUUGUUGCCAGCAGCACAGCCACAAUGGUGGGCAUCGACAUUGCGGAUGAAUACACCUGUGACUGUGGGGAUCUUGAGCCCCUCCCUUCCGUUUGCUUCAGCGGCUUUUGCUAUAACGGAGGAACUUGCAUUGUCAUCAACAACACCCUCAAAUGCCACUGUAUAGACAGCCAUAAUUACGGACCUCGGUGUGAACUCAUGAAUGCAAGGUUUGAGAAAAGCUUUGCUUGGUAUGAACCUUUGAAAGUGUGUGACAAUUCGACUUUUUCCAUUUCGUUCAAAUCAAACAAUCCAAGUGGCAUUCUCUUAUACAUGGGACCAAUUGUAGAAUCUCCUUGGGAGGACUAUCCCAAAGACUUCAUCUAUGUGUUUUUAAGGAACUGGGUCUUGGUGACGUACAUCGAUCUUGGAUCAGGUACUGAAAAGGUCUCAAUCCCAUUAGAAAAUAAUAACAAUCGCAUCUUCGUGUUCAUUAUCAUUUGGAAUGAGAAGGGAAUGUUCUUUGAAGUCACUGACUGUGGCUUCAACGCUACCAUAGCAUCUGGCGAUCCAUGUAAGGUCUCUAUUCCUUACCCACACAUAUCUAGGUACCCCAACUUCCUCCUUAAUGUCCAGGGACCUCUUCAGAUAGGGGGUUUGGCCACCAUGCCGAAUUUUGCCUCAUUGUCAGCGUCCUUUCGGUGGAACUUGAUACCCCCUAAGGUUGAACCCUUCUCUGGGUGUAUCCUGGAUAUGCGCCACAACAAUUUCUUUUAUGAUUUCAAUGCCACGGAUUACGCCUUCAUGCCAGUACAGCCUUGCGAUGCCCCGCGAACUUCGAGGGUCGUUUUUGGUCAGCAGUCAAUCAUCAUUAUACUCACAAGUCUUUUGUGUCUUCUAGUUUUGGUAUUGCUGAUUUUAUGUCUGGCCCGGCGAGGAAGGAAGACCGUCUCCUACCCCGACUUGGACAAGGAACUAGUGAAAGAGACAAUGGGAGGCACGGACCUGGAGGCCUUCGGGGAGAAGGACGUCACCCAUUUCGACCUAAAGUUUCUCCAGGUCACUCCAGACGGAAAUGUUGUCGAAGGUGAAGACUCGAAUCUGCCUGACGUUACACAGGAUGCUCGCCAGUGUCUCGCGGUGCCUUUAGCCAAAAUGCCUGGAGGUCUCAGCAUUGGAGAUUUUAUCGAUAUCAAUAUUAAAAAGGUGGAUCAGCACCAUCAAGACAAUGUUGACGACGUCCGUCACUAUAACAUUUCCGGAGACGAGAUGUCAGUUGCCGCGUCACUCUCGUCUCUAGCGUCAGGCUUCCAUUCCACCACAGGAUCGUCCAAGAGCGAUAUCCCCUUCGAUUACAAGAACGACUGGGGUCAGCGCUUCGAAAAGAUUGCCCAGAUAUACGGGAGAGAGUCAGACCAAGACGAAGACAGCGAGUACGAGCAUCCAGAUAUCCCCAAGGAGAAGAUGAUAAACUUGCCAAUAACUGCCACCAUCAACCCCACGAAGUCCUUCGUCAGUUUCGCGGCGAAUGAAACGACUAGCUGCAACACCCUACCUGCUUCCCUGAAGAAGAAGAAUACCACAGGCUCUCCCUCGUCUUCUAAUCCCUCGUCGCCUCUACUUAGAGGGAAUGGCGACUUAAAGAGGAACUAUUCUGGGGGUUCAGGACCAAUGACCUUGAAAGCUCCACUGAAAAGUAUCAUUAAAUCUAAUUCCACUGAAGGUGGUGGCCACAAUCAGAUGCCAUCCAGGGAGUGUCGUGAAAUUGUCACUACCACUUCGAACAGCAAAAACAGUGUGGAAACUUGGUGCUGAUUUAGUUCCAGUGAAACGAUUUUGCAUGUAUGAUUAAUACAUCUGCUAACUUUAGAAAUGUCCAAGUGUGACACUGAAGAUUAAUAAGAGUAGUUUAUCUUCUGAAGUAUUUUAAUGAUUCGAAUAUCAGCUGUUUUUCGAAAACAAAACAGCUUAGUGUACAAAAUGUUUACACUACUGUACCCUUUUAAUAGUAGAAAAUGUCACUUAUUGUCAAACUAAGUGGUUUUUAUCCUACCAUGAGAAAACCCCAUAAUUUACUAAACUAUUCUCUGAAUGACUUGUUGGAUGGCACGCGAGUGAUGGACCUCGCAUUUCAUUAUCUUUCGUUCUCCCUUUUCUGGUCUUAUGUAAUAUGUUUCUCUGUGAAACUGAGAACAUGAGCGUUGCUAGACAUUGAAGUAAAUAAGUUUUUUUGUCAGUAAGUAUAUAAUGGCCACUCAUGCACAUAUGGUGUAAUGUAUAUAAACAAGUGGAAUACUGCAGUAUUUGGUCUGCAGCAGUUACAUUGAAACGGUUUAUGCAUGUCUACUCGAUAAGCAUUUGAACAAUAAAUGUGUCGUAGGAUUAUAUUUAUUUGUUUACAAUGAGGCAGCAUUUCCACCAUUAAGUCGAGGUUGACAUAUGAAAUUACAAUGAGGUUAAUAAAUAACGUCCAAAGAAGACGUGAAGGGAUAACGGGAAUGACUUUUCGUGAAGUUCAGAUCUGCCGAGUUUUCAUUGGAAUAUAUCGAGUUGAUGAUUUAAUACCUGCUGCAGGGUCUAAAGCAAUUAAAUCAUAUAUUUUUCAUGACUGCAGACUAAUAGUAAAAUAUCGGUUUCAGUUACAAUCGCAGUAGAGUUAAUGGUUACUGACGAGUCAACUGCAGCAACGGUGAAGCAUUAGAAAAAAAAUUUCCAUCUAAGUAAUAAGAAAAAUUUCAUUUAGAAGAAAUGACCAGUGUUAAAACUGGUUUACACUUCUUGUAGAAUAGGGAUUAAAGUGUGACUGCAGAGUAGUUUGAAAACUGGGUUACUUUGCUGCACUGAAGUGUCUACGUGUUACAGAGGAAUACUUAAGUCCACUGAAGCUGAACUGGAUCUUAAAGGAAUUGCUGUCUUUGUUACUAUAGAACACUUUAAUGUUUGUGAUACUUUUUCGGCGGAAUUUUAAAAAUAUCCUCUAAUUCUAACAAAGAAUGGCAACACAUAAUCGUGAUGCAGCAGUUUAAAAAAAAUCACUAUUCCGCUGAGUUGUUACUUUAUUUG